AUGAAUGAAGAUGAAACAAUGGAUGACUUUUUCGAUUUACAAAGAUUACAACAAGGUCAAGCUCAUGCAUCAAAUGGUUGGUUAUUAGAAGAUAUUGAACCAAAAUUUAAAAAUAAAAAAUGUUUGGUUUUAGAUCUUGAUGAAACUUUAGUUCAUUCUUCUUUCAAAUAUCUAAGACAAGCUGAUUUCGUGAUACCUGUUGAUAUUGAAAAUCAAAUUCAUAAUGUUUAUGUUAUCAAAAGACCAGGUGUUGAUGAAUUUUUGAAAAGAGUUGGUGAAAUAUAUGAAGUUGUUGUAUUUACUGCUUCAGUUUCAAGAUAUGGUGAUCCUUUAUUGGAUGAAUUAGAUAUCCAUCAUGCAGUACAUCACAGAUUAUUUAGAGAUUCUUGUUAUAAUUAUCAAAAUAAUUAUAUCAAAAAUUUAUCACAACUAGGAAGACCAUUAAAUGAUAUCAUUAUAUUGGAUAAUUCUCCAGCUUCAUAUAUCUUCCAUCCCCAACAUGCUAUUCCAAUUUCGAGCUGGUUCUCGGAUGCUCAUGACAAUGAAUUAUUAGAUAUUAUCCCAUUCUUGGAAGAUUUAGCAAAAGAUAAUGUUGAUGAUGUUGGUUUAGUUCUUGAUAUAAAUUUGUGA